AUGGACUUCGAGACUUCAGGAAUAUCCAAUAUGACCUUCAGUGUUCUGGGCCCUGCCGCGCCCGUCCUGGCACCACGCGCCGGCACAUUGGCGAUCACUGGCCGUAAGACCUUGUCCACGCCGCAUUAUCUGCCCGUCACGUCGCGGGGCGUGGUGCCUCAUAUAUCCCACGACAAUGUGCGCAAAGAGACCGCGAUCAAUGGCCUAUACGUUGGACUAGAGGAUUUUAUCGAAAAGAAACACCGUUCCCCGGUAUUCAAAAUCCCUGUCGAAGCAAAUGAGUCGCCAUUGCGAAAAUUCAUGUGCGCGUCCAGCGACUUGCCUUUGGUUCUAGGCCCGCGUCGGUUCCCCGCCAUCCCCUGCCCGCCGGUAAACACUCAGACCUCAAUUGCGGUCUCCACCUCAGAUGGGUUCCACCAGUUGUCGGCCCAACAAUAUAUCGAGGCAACGCAGAAGCUAAAACCGGAUCUUGUCAUUGGACUUGCGGAUGUGGUUACUGGAAAACCACCCGGCAUCAAGAGGAAGGCCAAGAUGGUGGACCGGACACAUGCGUACACGCGGGAUGCGCUAGAGCGGUUAUACGGAGACGCCGUUGCGGCAAACGACAAGUGUCAGGCGGCGUACUUUGCGCCGAUUUUGCCGCUUGAUAAUGCUCAGCAGUCUCUCUACUUGGAUGAUUUGGCAGACGAGUUCCGUGACCGUCUUUCUGGGCUGGCAUUAUAUGAGUCUGCUUGUCUUACCUUCAUCCCGGAGUCGCUGGGGAAUUUGCCUCGAUUGCUCAUCAGUGACCCCAGGGGGCCCCAUGCGAUCCUUCGUGAGGUCAUGCUUGGCGCAGACCUUCUGACCAUACCCUUCGUAGCUGAUUCUUCGGAUGCAGGCAUCGCGCUUGACUUCACUUUCCCAGCUCCUCCUAAAGGCGCUGAUGAGAGGGAGCCACUGGCCUUAGGUAUAGAUAUGUGGUCGUCCGAGUACGCGAAAGAUACUUCUUCCUUGCGUGAGGGCUGCCAGUGCUACGCUUGUCGACGCCACCACCGUGCAUACUUCAAUCAUCUUUUAGCUGCCAAAGAAAUGGCCGCGUGGGCUCUUCUUCAGAUGCACAAUCUUCACACCAUGGAUCUGUUCUUCCAAGGAGUCCGUGAAAGUAUUCAACGGGGCUCUUUCGAGCAGGAUGUUGAGGCGUUUAAUCGCACUUACGCCUCGACACUACCUGAAUCAACCGGCCAGGGUCCUAGACUUCGCGCCUACCAGCACCCCUCCGGGUCUAAUCAACCCAGCCGCGCGCCCCGAGUAUAUGGUCGUCUUGACGAUGCACUCCAGAAGUUCCAAGAUUCUCAGUCUUCUGUUGCUACUCCUGACACUGAUGCAGAGGGUCUCGAGAAACAUGGCUUCGCCGGAAAGGCUUAG